CAAUCACUUUAUUACAGAUUAAUCUGGUACCAGUAUAUUCGGGGAAUAAUGAAAAUGAGAAAUCCGGAUGCUGGCUGCACUCCACCAACCUGACUGUCUGUGACGCAGGCGGAGACUACUUAAAGGCAGAUUAGUGCUGGCAAGACAUAAAAUCCAACCUCCCUCCAUUCAGACGCCGAGCAACCCCUCACCUUGAUCUGAAGAUCGAAAAAUAGGAGCGCUUACACUAAUCACUUGAGGCUCGAAGGCAGCUAAAGUAUUGUUUCUUUGAACACUCUUUAAACAGAGACACUAACGGGUGCAGCACCUUUCAGUCAAUGUAUUUACAAACCAAAAUCAGUAUCUCUGGAGAAUAAAACAGGAAUACUAGUAACACUCAAAGCAAUUCGUGCAGAGCGCUGGGCUCUCCUCUCCGGAUGAACAGCAAUGGGGGAAUGGACCAUCCUAGAGAGGCUUUUGGAGGCUGCUGUCCAGCAGCACUCCACUAUGAUAGGAAGGAUCCUGUUAACAGUGGUGGUGAUUUUCCGGAUCCUAAUUGUAGCUAUAGUUGGAGAGACAGUCUAUGACGAUGAACAAACCAUGUUUGUUUGCAAUACUCUUCAACCGGGUUGUAACCAAGCAUGCUAUGAUAAGGCAUUUCCAAUAUCCCACAUAAGAUAUUGGGUAUUUCAGAUCAUUUUGGUAUGCACCCCAAGCCUUUGCUUUAUCACUUAUUCCGUGCACCAGUCUGCAAAACAAAAGGAACGAAGAUACUCCACUGUGUUUCUUACCUUGGACAGAGAACAGGAUUCGAUGAAAGAUACUUUUCUUUUCUGUAAGAAGAUUAAAAAUACGAUAGUAAACGGAGUACUUCAGAACACAGAGAAUUCCACCAAAGCAGCAGAACCCGAUUGCUUGGAAGUCAAAGACAUCCCUAAUUCCUCCAUUAGAACUCCAAAAUCUAAAAUGAGGCGCCAAGAAGGUAUCUCAAGAUUUUAUAUUAUCCAAGUAGUUUUCAGAAACGCUUUGGAGAUUGGAUUCUUGGUUGGUCAAUAUUUCCUCUACGGAUUCAAUGUCCCCUCAGUGUAUGAGUGCGACCGAUACCCUUGUAUAAAAGAUGUAGAGUGCUAUGUCUCCAGACCCACAGAGAAGACCGUGUUUUUGGUUUUCAUGUUUGCAGUCAGUGGACUCUGUGUUGUUCUCAAUUUAGCAGAACUAAAUCACCUGGGAUGGAGAAAGAUCAAAGUGGCAGUUAGAGGUGUUCAGGCCAGAAGAAAGUCAAUUUAUGAAAUCAGAAACAAAGACCUGCCCAGAAUGAGUGUGCCUAAUUUUGGCAGAACUCAAUCAAGCGACUCUGCAUACGUGUAGCACUUUUGGAGAACAAACUACGUGAAUGUCAAUGUUUGAAAUAAACGAUUUGUACAAUGAAGAUAACAAAAUUCGCCCUUAACUAUUAGCUACUUUACUGACUGCAAAAAAAAAAA